AUGGCGUCAACGGAACAAAUAGGAUCGAAUAAAACAUGGGAAUUAUCAUUAUAUGAAUUACACCGUAUAUCACAAGAUGCUAUAACAGAUAAUACCGAAAUAGCGGUCAGUCCCAGAAGUUUACAUAGUGAAUUAAUGUGUCCUAUUUGCUUAGAUAUGUUGAAAAAAACAAUGACAACUAAAGAAUGCUUACAUCGAUUUUGUUCUGACUGUAUUAUUACAGCAUUAAGAAGUGGCAAUAAGGAAUGUCCGACAUGUAGAAAAAAAUUAGUUUCUAAAAGAUCUUUGAGACCUGAUCCAAAUUUUGAUUUAUUGAUAUCAAAAAUUUAUCCCAGUCGUGAUGAAUAUGAGGCACACCAAGAACGAGUGUUGGCCAAAUUAAAUAAAUCACACUCACAAGCAGCUUUGGUUAAUUCAAUAACUGAGGGUAUUAAAUUACAAAGUCAAAAUAGACCUCAAAGAUCCAGAAGAACAGCGAAUGAAUCAGAAAAUAGUAAUAAUUCAACAAAUUAUACCACCAACAACAAUAACGGUAACAAUAAUAACAACAGCAGCAGCAACAAUAACAACAACAACAACAACAACAACAACAAUAAUAAUAAUAAUAAUAACAAUAACAACAGCAGCAACAACAACAACAGCAAUAACAAUAAUAUAGUUUCAAAUAUUAAUGCGCCCGCAACACCGAAUUCUGUAAACAAUAAUAUUAUUACCAACCAAAGUGACUCAUCUCAAGGUGCAACAGCGUUAAGUAAUAAUAAUACUGCUAAUUCUACCUCUAAUAAUAAUAAUAAUAAUAAUAAUAAUAAUAAUAAUAAUAAUAAUAAUAAUAGUAAUAAUAAUAAUACGGGUGGGAUUAAUUCAAAUUCAAUGAACAAUAUUUUACAAGCAGCUAACAGUCCAACCAUUUCUGGUACUACGUCAAGAAAUUCUACAACACCUUCACCAAAUCCAGCUAAUCAAAUUCCUAAACCGGCAAAACGUCUAAAAAGUUUAAUAACUUCGGAAAAUGAUUCAUCAAGUGCUGAAGCUGAAACCGGUGGUGGAGAUUCAAUGGUUGAUACAGAAGGCGAAGGACCUAGUGAACCAUUGAUGCUUAAUGAAAUUGAACUAGUAUUUAAACCUCAUCCUAUCGAAAUGGCUGGUGACAAUUCACUAAUUAAAGCUCUAAAAGAAAACAGUAUUCGUUAUAUUAAAACAACUGCUAAUGCGACUGUUGAUCAUUUGAGCAAAUAUUUAGCAAUGCGAUUGACAUUAGAUUUAGAUACAGAACUACCUGAAUCUGAUAGGCUAUUAAAUUUCUGCAUUUAUAUUGCACCACAACCUGGUCAGUAUAUUGUUUUAAGUGGUGCGCAAACUUUACGUCAAGUAAAUGAUAAAUUUUGGAAAGUUAAUAGACCAUUAGAAAUGUAUUACUCUUGGAAAAAAACCUAGGGAAAGCCCCGUCAGCUAGUUUUCGACGCAAGCUAGUCAUGUAA